UUUCUCUUCUUUCUAUUUCAGGUAAAAUAUGUUCUCCCAAUGGCUCUUCUUCCUGCUACUACAAGCACUCUUACACCCAAGGACAUAUGGAGGGCUUCAAGCGCCGCCUGGCAAUAUUUACCACGUCCUCUUUGGGCCACCGUGUGAGUGCCGUGGAGGAACUACUACCGACCGUGCCAUCCCCUCGUCUUACACUCGGGCAGUAGACUGCAACACGAAAACAGCUUACCUAGCUUAUUCACCCACAGUAACAGGGGGGAUGUCCAAACCCACAUGGACCUGCGUACCUAAGCCCCCUAUCAUACCUGCCAUUAAUGGAAAGCCAGGACCAUGCCCAUGCACCACCUUUUAUUCAACAAUGCACUCUUCUUGCUACAAUAAGGUUCAAGAGUGUACCCUUGGCAAUAAGGCAUAUUUUACUGCCAUACUCCAAAAAACGAAAAAUGCUGCAAACAUAGGGGACUGGGGAGAUAACUCAUCACCCGUUGGCCUUAGUUCUACCAAAUACUUACAAGCCGGCUGCCAAGGCACUGUAGGACAGUCAGUGUGCUGGGAACAAAUUCCCCCUAUUCACACUUCUGAUGGAGGUGGGCCUCAAGAUAUUAUAAGAGAACUCACCGUCCAGAACCAAAUAGAGCAGCUCAUUGAAAAUCAAUUCCCUAAACUCACCCAUCACCCUCUAGCUCUUCCCAAGUCACGAGGAGUAGAUCUAGAUACCCAAACGACAGACAUUUUGACAGCCACCCAUCGGGCGCUAAAUAUUUCUAACCCUACGCUAGCCCAAGAUUGCUGGUUAUGCUUAAGCCAAGGCACCCCUAUGCCUCUAGCUGUCUCCACCAACAUAUCAGCCCUGAAUAUCACCGAACAAAACUGCACCCUCAGCAUACCCUUUAGAGUUCAGCCUAUGCUCUUUGACUCCUCCCCUUGUAUCUAUAAAAGUUCACAAAAUAAUUCUUUUGAUAUUUCUGUUGGUUUCGCCAGCUUUACCAAUUGUAGCCACACGCUUAAUUACAGUACAUCCCUCUGUCCUGGCCCAGGGCGAGCAUUCGUGUGUGGUAAUAAUCUAGCUUUCACCGCCUUGCCCGCCAAUUGGACAGGGCUAUGUGCCUUAGCUGCCUUAUUACCUGACAUAGACAUCAUCCCAGGAGAUGAACCUGUCCCCGUCCCUGCUUUUGACCACUUCGCAGGACGACACAAAAGAGCCUUAGCUGUUAUUCCCCUGCUUGUUGGUCUAGGAGUCUCUGGAGCAGUAGCUACCGGAACUACAGGAUUAGGAGUCGCAAUUCACUCCUAUACAAAACUUUCCAAACAACUUGUCGAUGAUGUACAAGCCUUAUCAAAUACUAUUACUGACAUUCAAGACCAAUUAGAUUCCCUAGCAGAAGUAGUCCUACAGAAUAGACGAGGUCUAGACUUACUCACAGCAGAGCAGGGAGGUAUCUGUUUAGCUUUACAGGAACGAUGCUGCUUUUAUGCCAACAAGUCAGGCAUCGUACGGGACAAGAUCAAGACCCUUCAAGAAGACCUGGAAAAACGGCGAAAAGCUCUGACUGAGAGCCCUUUCCUUACAGCCUUCAACGGACUGCUCCCCUUUCUUCUCCCUCUCCUCGGGCCUUUAAUAGCUAUCAUUCUUUUCCUGACCUUUGCUCCCUGGGUUCUCAGGCGCACCACAAACCUCAUCCGAGACCAACUUAACUCCCUUCUUGGCAAGCCUAUCCAGAUACA